AUGACACCGUCUCCUCCGGAUCACCAAGGUCUCUCUGCCAUGUGGUGGAGUGCUCGGAACCCGCCGGAGAACCCUCACUCUUCCUUCAGAGGCAAAACCGUCCUCAUCACUGGUGCAAACGCCGGCUUGGGCCUCGAAGCGGCAGUCAAGUUUGCCGCACUGGGUGCCUCGCGUCUCAUUCUCGGCGUCAGAUCAAUACAGCGUGGCGAAGAGGCCCGAGAUCAGAUCUGCCGACGAUCGGGUUAUAAGAAUACAGAUAUCCAGCUAUAUCAGCUCGAUAUGACCACCUUUGGGUCGGUCAAAUCUUUUGCCAAACACGUGUGCGCGGACGAAUCCCGAGUCGACGUCGCUGUUCUCAAUGCAGGCAUGGCAGCGCCGUCUUAUCGGCGCUCUCCGGAAGGGUUUGAGAUGUCUUUGCAGGUCAAUACUCUGUCGACCGCUCUGCUUGCGGUGCUACUCUAUCCCAAGCUUCGAGAGUCCGCAGAGAGGUCCGGCGAACCAUCCCACCUGGAGUUUGUGGGCAGUGUCGGGCACCGCAUGGUCAAGCCUGACGCAUUCGAUGCGGCGCUGGAGAGCGGCUCGAGAGUGCUAGACCUCGUCAACGACAAGACAUACUUUGACGUCGAACAGCAAUACUGCACGACCAAGCUCUUACUGAUGUAUGUCAUGGAUGGACUGGUCGCGGCAGCAGCGCAUUCCUCGUCCGGAGGCCACAAAGACCCAGCCGUCAUCAUCACGACAUGCUGCCCAAACCUGUGUCGCACAACUCUCGGCCGCGACUUUUCUUUCCUUCUCAAACUCCCGACCCACCUUUUCCAAAUGGUCUUUGCCCGGUCGGCUGAAGAAGGGAGCAGGAUUCUCGUCAGUGGAACGACUUUGGGAGAGGAUGCGAACGGGCAGUUCUGGAGUCACGACGUCUUUGACAAGUAA